AUGGCAACUGUGAUACGACUCAAGAGACGAGUGGAUGAAGAUCCAUUGAAUGCAUUUGUGCUGAACUGUAAACGGCAGCGCGUCGAGGGUGAGGUGACGGGCGACGAAGACGACAAUGCAAACGAGGCGGCUGCGGCGGGUACUUCGACCAUACUAAAGUUUGCUGGCACAUUUACUAAGGCUGAAGGUAUCGCUUCGCACAUACAAAACAUUCACAAAGAUCAAGCGAAGGAUGCGCUGUCGCGGGUGCACCGACCCAACAUUACCUCCCGGAACCGGCUGGCAACGAAACAGAGCGCACAAAACAGCCGAUUCAAAAUAGUCAACUGCACACGUUCGAUCGCAGCUGUGGAGAGUAGUGACUCGAGUGAUAAUCCGAUCACGACAACGAUCGUAGACGUGGAACGGGAGCCCGGGGUAGCCCGGUUGGAGAACGUCACACCGGACAUGCCUGCACUGUCCGGUAGUGUCACGCCGGACAUUGUAAAUUCCGCGACAAUUGGUGGGGCAUCAAAUCUACAGCAGCAUCAGUCGGAACAGCUGCCAUACUUUUACGAAAACGGUGUUCACUAUGUCUACGAUCUGUAUGUAGCGGACGCGAGCCAGAAUGUUACGCAGAUUCCCUACUACAUCGACAAUCUGGACGAUCUCAGCGUCAUGGUGUGUGAUGAUCCGCUGUACUCAUCCCACCGUGGUCUCGAUUCGGACGAUUCGAGCGAUACAGAUUCGGAAGAUUCGAACGCUGAGGGUAACUGGCGCAAUGAUUACCCGGAUGAAGAGGAUCGUCAGGACGGUGAUAGUGUUGACGAGGAGGAUAUGUUGCGCGCGGUGGAGGAUCUUGAUUUGGAAGGCGAAAGGGAAUUAUCCUCGGACGAAGAUUAUGUGCGGUACGACAACGGGGAGGAGGACGGGGAGGAUGGGUUCGCUUACCCGCGAAAUGACGGUGUGCUGUACACGGACGAGGAGGAAGAUUCCGACACUGAUACGCAGGGCGUUAAUCGGGACGACGUUCGGCGCUACGGUACAGCGUACGCUCGCUACAAAGCACGCAUCCUGCGGGAAGAGAAACGUGGACAUGCGGACAGCAGUAGUUCAAGCUCGGAGGAAAACUUUGAUUUAUAUGAUUAA